AUAAUUUUCAGAUAAUCCAACUAUUCUCAUAUUAUUUUUACUCACUCUAUUCUGUAGAUCAGUUGUUUUUUAAAUUUUCUUGAUCUCUCUCAUUUGAUUUUUAAAGUUCUUUUAAAAUUUCCCCAAGAACUCUUUUUGUGAUUGGGACCAUUUAUUUCAUUGAAAAAGGAGUGACUUUUUAAGCUCCGUUAUCUUUCUCUAAAUAUGAACCCAGGGCUGCUUUAUCUCCAUACUAUCUAUGGUUGGAUUCUUUCUCCUUUGCUUAUUCAUUUUAUUUUUUAAAAUUUUAUUUGUUUUUAGCAGCUAUUAGUGUAAUACUUCAAGCCUCAGGUCCUUUUUACUGUUGUUUUUUGAGGUCUGUCUUGGGGCCCAAUCUUGUGCUCUCCUGUCCAUUCCUAAACCAUGGCUAGGGUUCCUAGCCAUACUGUCCCACAAGUGAACUUGCUUCCUAUGAUCUUUCCAGUGGCUUCAAACAAUAGCGGCCCAGAAUUGAAAUCAGAGAUUCUGCUCUCCUACAAAUGCCCACAGCCAACAGGGUUCCUGCCCCUCAUUACUGCAUCUACCAGGUGGAAAUAACAAGGAAAAAAAAAUUUAAAUAUCUUGGAGCUACAAUAAGGAUUACACAAGAUCUAGCAGUUAUUACAUUCAAGGACCAUAGGUUGAAGAUUCAAUUUCUUCUUUUGUUAUCAUUAGUUUUGCUGUGCAGGACAUACAUUCUACUUUUAUAAUUCUCAUUUCUUUUUUAAACAACUCAGGAAUAGUGUGUUAUAGCUUCACAUUCUCUUCAAAUUCUACAGGGUCUGUAGUCUCAUCAAGGGUGGGAUUAUUUUAUUUUGCACCUUGUAUGCACAGAAAUGCCUGCACUCAUUUACUAGCUUGGGACCCCACAUUUUCUUCUGUUGUUAUUGUAUUUCUUGCUGAUUUAUCGGUUUAUGUUCAAGGUCUUUGAAUUUCCUUCUUCCUGAAAUGUUUGGUAUUUCUAGUCUUUCCCUUAUUUUCCCUAUCACUCUCUUUCUGACUCCUUCCUCUCUGAUUGUGGUUUCCUUUGGGGUUGGAUCUCAAACCAUUAUCAAUGAAGGAGAAGAGAGACAAAUCUUCUUAGCCUUGCUUCAUGUCACAAAAUGAAUAAGGGAAAAGAUGAUAAUGAACUCUCAAGGGUUGAGUUCUUUCCCGGUAAUGAUCUCUCUUCUUAAGUAUCCUCCACAAUUGAAUUUCUAGCAGGGUUGGCUCCUCCCUCUUUCAACUCUCAGACCUUUUUGUUUUAUCCACAUCAAUUAGUGGUAGGAGAAAUGGGUACUGGGCAUAGGUCCAUAGUUUUGGCUAAUCCUAAACCCUAUUCCUCACCCUUCUGCAAAAGAUCAAGGUCUUAUUUUUAUAAAGAUAAGGUGUCACACCAAAUCUUCCAGGGUCUCAUUCUUUAAUCUCAUUGUCUCUCAAAAAAAAAAAAAAAAAAAGAAAGAAAAAAGAAAAAAAAACCCUGCAGUGUAUUUAAAACUGCAUGAAAAAAUGGUCCCAAUUACCAGUAAUAAGAGAAAUGAAAAUCAAAACAAUCCUUCAUAGGCUCACUAAUAUGUUGUUGAUGGAACUGUGAAAUAUUUCAAUUAUUUUGGAAAAUAAUCUGGAAUUAUACCAAUAAAAUAACUAAUGGAACCAGAAAUAUUAUUAAUGGGCUUAUCCCCCAAGGAAGCUAUUGACAAGAAAAAAGUCUCUAUAUACUGUAAAAUCUUUAUCAUAGCACCUUUUGUGAGAGCCAGGAGUUAGAAAUAAAGUAGAUACUCAUCAGUUCAGGAAUAAUUAUAAACAAAUUAUGGAACAUAAAUGAAUGGAAUACUACUCUGCUCGAGAAAUGAUGUGUCUAAUUAACAUGGAAAGAACUACAUGAACAGAUGUAGAAGUCAGAAGAGCUAAAAAAGACAUUAUACACAAUGACUACAACAAUGUAAAUGAAAAUAACACCAAAAAAUCAAAAGUGUGACCUGGAGGUGGGCAGACAACAACUGCCAGGAUUUUGAUUGGGUAGUUGAUAUGAAUAGCAUGAACCCCAAAGGGGGAGGCUGGAAUGAUAGAGCUAGGAGGAGAACCUGGAAAUGGCAAUGGGGAGCAAGAAAUAUUCUUUGUCAUCUCUACUAGUGAGUCAAGGGUAAGUGAAGAUGCAUCCAGUACUGGAAGGUUGAAUAUAUUUGAGAAGCAUAUGAUCUGCUUCUCUUUUAAUUUUUGUGAUACAGUUUUUAAUAUUAAAGUCACAUAUUUAUUUAAAUAAUAUUGUGGAAUACAGUGUUGAUCUAAACCUCAUUUCUGCCAGACUGCUUUCCAUUUUUCCCAGUAGUUUUUAUCAGAUAGAAUUCUUUCGUAAGUAAUUUGUUUUCCACUUUACUGAACCCUGAUUAUUAAGUACCAUUGUUUCCCUUCUCUAAUCUGUUUUACUGAUCUAUCUCCCUAUCUUUUAACCCAAGGGCAAGAAAAAAUCAAUAUAAUCCUAAAGAAAACAACAGAAAAAAGGAAGGAAUGAAGGACUAGCCGCCCUUUCAAACCUCCAGUUUUAUUGCAGGACAAUAAUCAUCAAAACUAAAAAAUGUUUAAGUAGAUGAGUGGAACAAACAAGAUGAGGAAAAGAUCCCAAAAAUUAGGCCUAAUUGUAAAUCUAGGUUACAGUAUUUGUUAGACUCAAGAACACAAAUUUACAUUAUAUUACAUUUAUGUUAAUUUGGAGCUUGGAAGGUACCUUUGAAAUCAAGUCAAUAUUAAUCUUACCACUGAUAAAUCAUUCUUUAUUCGUGGUAAACUCUGGGGUUCCAAAAUUUGAAGCGGGACCGCAACACUAAUAAAACUAAGCUAAACUAAAAGAUGGCCUUUCAUUUCAAGACGUUUGAUGUCAUUAAAGAAGCCCGAUAAAUUUUCCCUAUCUAUGGGGCUCUAAUAUCUGUACAAUUCUGGGCUCCAUCAAGUAACAAUACAGCGAAAUCUAUUUGGAAAGCAGGUGGGAAAGAAUCCAUAAAAAAAAGUAAACAGUGUGGAAAAGCUGGUAUUCCCCAAUAACUCUCCGUGGGGUGAGGAGCAGUACAGCGCCCACAGUCGGGAGAGUCUGAGUGCAGAUCCAGCCCCAGUCACUUCUUGGGCUGUCAUUUUUUUUUUUUAAUUUUUAUUUAAUAUUUACUUUAUAUUGACAGAAUCCAUGCCAGGGUAAUUUUUUUAACAACAUUAUCCCUUGCACUCGUUUCUGUUCCGAUUUUUCCCCUCCCUCCCUCCCUUCCCUCCCCUAGAUGGCAAGCAGUCCUAUAUAUGUUGGAUAUGUUGCAGUAUAUCCUAGAUACAAUAUAUGUUUGCAGAACCGAACAGUUCUCUUGUUGCACAGGGAGAAUUGGAUUCAGAAGGUAUAAAUAACCCGGGAAGAAAAACAAAAAUGCAGAUAGUUCACAUUCGUUUCCCAGUGUUCUUUCUUUGGGUGUAGCUGCUUCUGUCCAUCAUUUAUCAAUUGAAACUCAGUUAGGUCUCUUUGUCAAAGAAAUCCCCUUCCAUCAAAAUAUGUCCUCAUACAAUAUCGUUGUCGAAGUGUAUAAUGAUCUCCUGGUUCUGCUCAUUUCACUUAGCAUCAGUUCAUGUAAGUCUCGUUGGGCUGUCAUUUUAGCAUCCGUUAAAUGGGGCAAUAGCAGUCCUUCCACGGUAGGAAUGCGGGAUAUAUGAGACACUGUUUACAAGGGAUUUUCUUGGCAAACCUGAACCACCUGCUAUUGUUAUUGCUGAGUUUCGAAACGUAAUAGGUAAGAAAGCUGUCUGCUCCUGAGUGUGUGUGUGUGUGGGGUUGGGUGCAGACAAAAAAGAACGGGAUUACAGCGAUACCCGGGCACUGAAGAGGUCGGUGUGGGAUGACCACCAGCCCCCAAAGCCUGUAGAAAGACGGAGGACCGGCAGGCCUGGUCGGGUCCCAACAAUGAACCGGACCUUUGCUCCCGCGCCUACGGGACUUGGGCAGAGCGGAACGGAGGGUCGUUUCCCGCCAGUUGGCUGCCUCUCCUCCGCCUUGCUCAGAGCCAGGCCGACCCCGAUGGUCCCCGUUUUCCCAUCUCCGCCCCACUCCCCUUGCUACAACUCCGUGAUGACGUCACCGGCGCGGGACCUGCCCGAUUUCCCGGCGCCAAACUCCAUCCUGGAAUUUCUAGACUUCAUCCCCACCGCCAUCUUCCCUAAGGGCAAGAAGGUAAAGAGGAGAGAGGAGAAGGUUCGAAAAGAGAAAAAGGUAGAAGGGGCCCGAAUAUCUAGGUUAAAGAGCAAACUCAAUUAAACAUUUAAGAGUCCUGCCAGUCGGAUUCCGUUAAAGGGAGAAAGACAUGAGCGCGCUUCUCCUGCUGUUGAGCAGGAUGUCACGGAAGAGUGUACAAGUUGUCUUUGGACUACAAUUCCCAGAGGCCACCAGGACCUAAGGGACGUCCAUUUUCCGGACUGCAUUUCCCAAAAAUCCGAGCGGCGAAGUUCUCGAGAGACCUAACACCAACUUCCUUUCUUUGCUGGACUCUGUGCUUUUAGCUCCCUCACCCAUCGAAGCCAGAGGACAGCCUUGCCUCCUGCACGCUUAUGUAGACUGAUCUUUUAAAUUUAACCCCAGGCCUUUGCGGAGAAGACACUUGUUUCUUUUUCGGAGUCACGUGUCCUUCAACCCUGUCUCUAUAGCAACCGCUUGACAGUGGUCCGUCGGCCUCAAUCACCCCGGAAAGGGCGGAAACCCGGCCCGGAGGUUCCGGGAAAUGUAAUCUGGAAGUGGAGGGGUGUCCUUGAAGAGCAUCCUUAGGAGAACAUCUUUGAGGAGUAGACCCUUGUGGAGUUUUGUUUUUCUUUACUUGAACGAACUCAAAUGGCUGUGGAAUCUAGAGAGGCUGUAGCCCUAGAUCCCCAGAAUCCAACAGUAAAAGAGAGAUUUCAGGUAGUAAACAUGGAAGAAGAAGAGGAUUAUCUAUGGGGGGAGAAAGGUAGCCACCAAAGGAACAGCCCUUCCACCCAGGAGAUGUUCCGCCUGAGAUUCAGACAGUUUGGCUAUUAUGACACACCUGGACCCCGAGAGGCUCUGAACAAACUCUGGGAACUUUGCCAUCAGUGGCUAAGACCAGAGAUACACACAAAGGAGCAGAUUCUAGAGCUGCUGGUCCUAGAACAGUUCCUGACUAUUUUGCCGGAGGAUCUGCAGACCUGGGUGAGAGAUCAGCAUCCAGAGAGUGGAGAGGAGGUGGUAAUUGUGCUGGAAGAUUUGGAGAGAGAACUUCUUGAACCAGGACAACAGGUUGCAUCAAGUACUCAGAAAGAGGCAGGGCCCUGGGAGAAGAUGGCAUCCUUAAGAGCAGCACAGGAUGCACUGAAUGUCCAGCUUCAGCCUAUGAAUGCCCAGAUCAAGUGUGGGUCUCCAGAGGCCCAGUUCCCACAAGAAAGAGAUUUUGAGACUAGUACCAAGUGGUCAUUUCUAAAACAGGAACUUUCUGAAGAAGUAGAAUCAAAGGAGAAGAUACCUGCAAGAUUCCCAAUGGAUAUUUCCAAGGGAUCCAAGAUUAGAGAAACAUAUAAAUGUGAAAGCACUUUAGAUGAACAGCAAGAAAACAAAAUGGAGAAAGUAGAUGAAUCCUUUUCCCAGGAUGGAAUUAUGUUAGUGACUAUUCCUUCUGAAAAAACUCCUUUAGGAGAGAAUGGUGAUGAAUAUGAUGGAAGUCUAAGUAGUUGCCAUUUGAGCUCAGACCUACUUAUACAACAUAGAGGAGAGAAACCCCAUAUAUCUAAUACAAAUGACCAAAAUUCUAGCCAGAAUUUGUCUUCUAGUGUACAUCAAAGAGAUCAAACUAUCAAGAAACCUUUUGAAUGCAAUGAAUGUGAGAAAACCUUCAAGCAGAACUCAGAACUUCGAAAACAUCAGAAAUGUCAUAUGGGAGUUAAACCUCACAAAUGUACUCAGUGUGGGAAAGCAUUUGGCCGGGGUUCUGAUCUUAGGAAACAUCAAAGAAUUCAUACAGGAGAGAAACCCUAUUCAUGUAGUGAAUGUGGGAAAGCCUUCCGGGGGAGCUCAGACCUUAUUCAGCAUCAAAGAAUUCACACUGGAGACAAACCCUAUCAUUGUAGAGAAUGUGGGAAAGCCUUCAAUCAGACCUCUUCCCUUAUUCAACAUCAGAGAAUUCAUACUGGAGAGAAACCGUAUGAGUGUAAUGAAUGUGGGAGAGCUUUCAAUCAAAGCUCAGCUCUUACUCAACAUCAGAGAAUUCAUACUGGAGAGAAGCCCUAUUCAUGUAAAGAAUGUGGGAAACCCUUCAGGCAUUGGUCUGGCCUUAUGACACAUCGAAGAGUACACACCAAACUUUGACCCUGUGCAUAUUCUGAAUAUGACAGAUCUUUAGACAACUUGUAACUUUUGUUAAGUCUUGGAAAAAUAUACUGGGAUCAUAAUCCCAUAAAUUAAUUAUGAGUUCCUCAAGGGCAGGACCUAUAUUUGUCUAAUUGUGUUCGGUCCUUGCCUGAGUGCCAUGUGCCUAUGAGAAAUAAGGUUUAUUUUGUGAUAGCUUAAUCUAAGUAAUGAAUGGAGGAAACAUUAUUUACCUCCACCCUUUACUUUUUAGGAAACUCAAGGAAUGUGAAAUAAAUGGGAAUGUAAUGUCUUGAGCUAGAGUUUAGUCACUCCAAGAAACUAUGGAUUGGAUACAGCUGAUUUGCUUUGCUUCUUUAGCCACUGUUAAGUAAUUCCCGUAUUUGUAGUCUUUUGUCAUUGACAUCAGGGUGAUUUGGAUAGUUUCAGUGACUCUUCCCUUGGGUGUGAUCAUCCCUUACCUCCUUUCCUACUUCCAGUGGCAUCUAUGUUUGAGGAACAGAACUAUACAUGAGAGUGAUUCUAACAUUCUUUUUCCCAUGGGAAUAAAUACAAAUAGUCUCCAUGUUUCUGACGAGAUCUGACAAAGAGGAAGAGCUAUUAGUGUGCCAGGAAAGAAAGGAAAUAGACACACACACAGCUUAUUAAUAUUUGGCAUGUAAGGUAUUUACUGUUAUUUUUGUAAAUAGUUAUCUUUUAGGAGGGGAGGGUAUAUGAUUUUUGCUAUUUCACAGGUGGAGCUGAUAUGCCAAGAAAAUGAGAGUUGUCCUUAAGGGGAUUAGGAAAGAUUUGGAUGCCCAGAGUCCCUUCCUUGGGCUGUUCAGUGUAAGAAGGUCAGUCCUUUGAGAUGAAUUGAAGACAGCAUCUUUUUAAGAUGGUUCAGACAGAAAGCUAUUGGAUCAGAGAACUGUAGAGGAACAACUGUAGAGUUUCACAAUAUUUUUAACUCUUGUUUGAGAAGAGGGGACUGGACCUUGAGUCAGAUAGAAAAAAUGUUCAAUUUACUAAAUAGUUCUAAUCUCAGUUAUUAAUACCCCCAUCUCUCCCCUUAUCUUAGCCAGAAAUUAUAUUGAAACUUAAUUAAACUCAGGCUUUGAAAUCCUUUUGUCCUGAGGAGCACAUCCUUUUGUCUUUCUGGCCUAGUGGGACAACUUGCUUCCUUUCUACUUUCUUCAGGGAGAGGGUGUUUGAGGCAUUUUCUGUUUUCUUUCAGGUCAGUACUGAAAGACCAGAAUUUGGAAGAGGAGUCACUGGCUUAUUUCCUGGAAUAGGUACUUAGUCUAUAAAAAUGUUGGGCCCUCCCCUGAGAAGGUAGAGAAGGUUGCAUCCAGCUCCCUGCUAUAGGAAGUCCCAUUUUUCCUUGUUGCAAUGGGUUUGGCUUGAGUAGCUUUUCACUUUUCACAUUGUAGACCACAGUAUUGGAAAGGGGUUGUACUGUGUGCCUCUUCUUUGAUAAGUCAGUGCCCCGAAAGCUAUUUUUACUGAGGAAAGGAGUGUGGGUAUGCUGUAUGCAUGUAUGUAUUGUAAACACGUGUUUUUGCUGACCGAUAUUUUUGUUCUUUCCACUGCCUACCAUAAAAGCUUAUCCUUAUUCCUGCAAUGGAAGGUCUUCCCUUGAGAUCUAAUUUUUUAAAACAUGAGUUGUCAUCCUGGCAUAAUCCUGCCAUUGUUCAAUCCUUCCUGCUACAUGUCGGUAAAGUUAGGAGGUUAUGGCCUUGUGAAUUGAGAGAUGGACAAUUUGGUAACCACACUAGUGGAGCUCAACUUGCUCAGUGAUGAUUGGAGCUCAUGUUUGCAAUGGCAACUGAUAAAUCCUGGACUUUCAGUAGGGGAGUGGGGGAAUGGACAUAAGGAAAGCAUCCCUCUAUUAUCAGGGAAGUACAUCAUAUUACUGUGAUGGAAUGAUUAGCAGUUUCUGGAUUUAGAAAUAUUUCUUAGAUCAAUUAGUCCACAUCAUUAGUACCUGUUCAGGACAUAAAAAUAUCGAGCAUACGACCAAAGGAAAAAGGAGGUGGUUAUGGCCAAAUCCUGAGUUGCUAUGGAAUUAGGAACCACCAUAGUGUUUUUGCUGGGGAGGAGUUAGUGGCAUUUGGAGUCUACCCGGAGAGCUAAGGUUUGGGAUUUAGGAUUGGUGGGUAGGCUGUCCUAUAUUUAGCUCUAUUAAUCUAGUUCUUGGAUGUAAAGAGUUAUGAAGCAUCUUUUAGAAACUGAAUCAACUGGGCUUUCUCCCAACACAUGUGAUUUUCUUUGAGGAAAACAGGUGAGAUAUAAAUAAGAGAGUGGGAGCUAUAAGGAAUCCAUAAAUCUUAGAGAAAUCAUAGAAUCACUGAACCUAAAAGUCAGAUUCCUCAGAAAUUAGUCCCAUCCUUACUUAAUUGAGAAUUCUCACUGCAAUAGAGGACCUCUCAUGAGAGAAAACUCAUUCAUUACCUUUGGAGGUAACUCCUUCUACUUUUGCACUUCCCAAAAUUAUUACUGACAUAAAAUGUAAAUUUCUCUGCAGAUCUUCCUUAGUUUUGGUUUUGCCCCUGAGACUAAGUCGAUUAAAUCUAAUCCUCCUUUCAUCUCAUAGGCCUUUAGAUACUUGAAGACAGUUAUCUUAUACUAUAACAGAAUCUCCUUAGUACUCCAGUUUUCUGUUUUGGGUGCCCUCCUCAGUUUGGGCCACAUUGUAUCUUCAAAACCUGUUGUGACUACUUGGUUCAGUAGAGGAGCUUGGGCUGGCAUAACUCCAUUCUUGAUCUUUGAUAAAGUUAUGCUGGUACCUAGAGUUGAACAUAAUGCUCUAGAUGUGGUCCGGUCAUAUUUGAAGGCAUUAGAACCUUUACUCUCUUGAUCGGCACUCAUCUUGUUAGUAAAGCUUGCUUUUUAGACUGCUGUCACUGUGCUGACAGUUACUGCACUUGUGGCCCACUGGAAUCUCAGAUUUUUGUGUAUGUGAACUGAUGCUUCCCUGUCAUGUACUUGAGAAAUUGAUGGUUUUGAACAAAGUGUAGACCUUUACUUUGACCCGUAUGAAGUCUCAUCUUAUUUGACUUGGACUAUUAUGUUAUCUUGUCAAAGGUCUUUUUGUAAACUUAAGUUUGUCUCUCAACCGGUUAAAUGUUUUUCUGAACCUUUUGCCAACUACAAAUUUGCCAAAUAUGCCUUCUUUGCCGCCUUUUAAGCUACUGACAAAAUGUUGAGCUUAGGGUCAAGGACAGAUAGCUGGGACAGUCCUUUCAGAUUGAUCUUCCAUUGGUGACUAUUUUUUGGAUCUGUUCAGUAACCAUACUAUUACAUAGUCCAUACCUCUCCAUCUUGUUCUGAAAGAUAACAUGAGAACCUUUGCUAACUGCUUUGUUCAAAUCUAGCAAUUCUAACAAAUUGCAUCUACAUCAUUCUCCUGAUCUGCCAGUCUAAUUACUUUCAGUAGAAGUAGUGAAGUUAGGCUGGCAAAAUUCUAUUAUUUAUUCUUGAUAAAGCUAUGCUGCCUUUUAGUACUCUCUAGUUGUCAGUGUUUGUGAAUUAUCUCUUUAAUAGUGUCUUGGCAUAUUGUUAGGAAAAAAAUUCAAACUAUUUGUCCUGUUUUUGCAGACUUCAGUCUCAUCUCCUUUUUUGAAAAUCAGAAGCAUUUGCUCUUGUCUUAUGACACUUAUUUACAACUUUACAAAUAGGUGCAGAACUGGAGAAGAAUGGAGCUUAAGUAAUUCAAAAAUCAUUGUCAUGGAAAUUUAGGGUAGAGUUGUGGUAAAUGGAUUAAAAAAAGAUCCCUCAAAGUGGUUUAUGAUGCUGCAAAGUUCAGCAGAAAAGCCUUCAGUCAGGACUAGAGUCCCCUGGGGGCUGGCUGGUUCCCUCACUUCCAUCUUGAACUACAGUAGGGUUACGUGGUGGGUGAUUGCCCAGACAAGCAGAGGGAUUUGGGCCAUGUUCAAAGUCAUCGCACAUUUAGGAUGCUGGAUUUACAUGGAAUUUCUAGACAAAUACUUGCUUUGGCUGUGUUACAUUGCUGAUAAGGUGUUAGGGUUAGGGAACAUGGGUUCUAAAAAUUAACUAGGAAGGCCACUCAGGAUGAGGAAGGUGGAAUUCUAUCUGUGUUGUAUCAGCAAGUUUGUGGGAGAGCUUCUGUAACUAGUUCUAACUAGAAGUGCGUGCAGUUAAGGUUUAACUUUACCCAGCAAUGUGUAACAAUUGACAUAUAUGGGAGAGUGGGGCCAUAGAAUCUGCUGAUCUUUCAAUUGUAGUCUUCAAAAUUAUGAAGAAAAUAGGUAUGAAAAUUUCUUAGAAUUCUUGGAUGUCAAAUAAACUGCAUUUCACCACAAUCCACUGGAUUCUAACAAGAACCAGUUCCAGACAAAACUUAGAUAGACCUAUUGUAAAUUAUAGAACUACAGGAGUAAUAUGACAAGCAAAUAAAUAGAAAAAACUCACCUUCAAGAAACACCAGUUUGAAUUGCACAGUUUUUACCUAAGAUGAGAAAAGACAGAGUUUCAUUAUGAUUUUUUAAAAAAAUAAAGGAAAUUGGACUUCAUCCCAAGAUUUAUUGUACUCUUUUGUUAAAUUUCAUAUACUAUUUAAUAUUUUCCUCUAAAAAUGGACAUUUGGAGCUCUCACAGCUAUUAUAAGAAUUUCUGCAGGAGAAAGCCUUCUUUAUGGAUUUUUGAUAUAUACACCAACCCAGAAACAAAACUUCAACAGGUAAAUCUUAAAAAACCCUUUAUAGCUAUGAAUGAUUAAUUGAUAACAAUGUAAAUUCUGUCUUGGGUUUAACAGAUGUGUAUGGUCUAUAAUUAUCUCAGAGUGUGGGGAGAUUACUUUGGGAGGGGACAUCAAAAUAAACAUACUUAUGAAAAAUUUC